AUGGUGAGGGGCAAGAUUGUGAUUAGGAGGGUUGAGAACAUGAGCAGAAGGCAGGUCACCUUCUCCAAGCGGCGUCGUGGUCUGCUGAAGAAAGCACGUGAGCUGGCCAUCCUCUAUAAUGUCCAGGUCGGUGUAAUCGUCUUCUCCUCCACUUGUCGCCUCUACGAGUAUGCCAACUCCACCGCCGCCACCACCAUGGGCACGGCCAUGCCUUCCAUCAUUCAAAACUACCAAUCUGCACAAGAGCAACAUAAGCUCCUGAAUCCAGUGUCACAAGUCAUGGAAGCUAAUGUGGGAGAGAUUAUCAAACGUAGGAGUCAAAGACUUAUGUUUAGUGGAAAAUCAGCUGGAGAAGAGCUUACACCGUAUUAG